UCCUGACCUAACGCUCACUCAAAGCUACGCAUAAACCCACCAUUACCACCGCUCCAAUGGCAAGCACUGAGCUCGAUCACGAACGAAGAGAAGACGACGAAGCUCCUCACGCUGAUGACGAGGACACAGGAGCUCAAGUCGCUCCAAUCGUCAAGCUAGAGGAGGUGGCCGUCUCUACUGGCGAAGAGGACGAGGAUCCAAUUCUCGAUCUGAAAGCAAAGCUGUAUCGAUUUGAUAAGGAAGGGAAUCAAUGGAAGGAGAGAGGAGCUGGUUCAGUUAAGCUGCUAAGGCACAAAGAGACUGGCAAAGUUCGUCUCGUUAUGAGACAAUCUAAGACUCUCAAGAUCUGUGCCAAUCAUCUGGUGCUUGCAAGCAUGACGGUUCAGGAGCACGCCGGAAAUGAGAAAUCAUGUGUAUGGCAUGCUACUGAUUUUGCGGAUGGUGAACUGAAGGAUGAGCUUUUCUGCAUUCGGUUUCCUUCUAUUGAAAAUUGCAAGUCUUUUAUGGAGAUGUUCCAAGAAGUAGCUGAAUCCCAAAAAUCAAAAGAGGAGAACAAAGAUGCAACAGCUGCAGCCGAGGCCCUAGAUAAGUUGAGUGUUGAAAACAAGAAAACUGUGGAGAAAGCUGGGAAAGAGACGCCAGCUGCAGCUGAGGAGUCGAGUAAGACCGAUGCAGAGAGUAAAGAUAAGGAGUCUACUCUGUCAACUUGAGAAGAUGGGUAUCUUUACCAUACCUCUGGAUGUUAUGAUGAGGUUGGUUGUCUACCUCAUUUAUCAUCCUUUUGCGGUUUGCUUGCAUAGAUGCAGCUGACAUUUGUUGGGCUUGGUUUGUCAGCACAGGUCGAACUUUGGUCAUUUUUGCUUGUUGAGGGUUGUGAUUUGUGUAUUCUUGGAUAGUUCAACCAGGGUUUUGCAAGGAAACUAUUUAUUUAAUUGGUGUAAGUCGAAUGGUUAUAAUUAUCACGAGAUAAAGAAAAAGGAGAGGACAGGACAGGACGGAAAAAGAGAAAAAAAGGAAGGGGCUUCUUAAGAGCACAGGUCUUUCUUGGGAUAUUAUUUCUUGAAUUGUGCAAAGUCUGAAUUGUUACAUUUAUGUUCUGAUUGUUUUGUGUGCUAUUGUCUAUCCUUUUCAUGGAAAGAUUUCUUUA